CCAACAAUCGAACUGCCACCCCUAGUUCAAUAUAUACAUUCUCAAUCUGCCACUAUCUUGAUUCAAUCCGAGUCCCAAUGCUAAAAACACUAGUUAUUUGGGCCGAAGUAAAAAUAAACAAAAAAGCCUACUGAUUAGACAAAAGGUCAAAGUCGCAUUCUUCUGUACAUUCCCAGUCCCAGACUUCAGUGCUCUCGCCGGCAAAACGAAAAUGUCGAUCUCCCCAAACCUCUCCCAUUUCCUCUCCUUCUUCUUCUUCUUCUUCUUCCUCCUCCUCCUCACAAUCGCUGCCGCCGACGAAUCUGACCUCGUCGCCGACCUUCUCUCCCUUCAAUCCCAGUCCAAAUCCGGCGUUAUCCACCUCGACGACCAUUCCAUCUCCCGCUUCCUGACCUCCACAAAAACCCCUCGCCCUUACUCCCUCCUCGUCUUCUUCGACGCCAAGCAUCUCCAUGACAACUCCGAGCUCCGUCUCCAAGAUCUCCACCGCGAGUUCUCUCUCCUCGCCUCCUCCUUCAUCACCAACAACCCCGACAACGGCAAGCUCUUCCUCUGCGACAUCGAGUUCAAAGAAUCGCAAUCCACAUUCUCCCUCUUCGGCGUCAGUUCCGUCCCCCACAUCCGCCUAAUCGGCCCCGAUGUCAAGAACCCCAAGGAUUCGGAGCAGAUGAACCAGGGGGAUUCCUCGAGGCUGGCGGAAUCGAUGGCGGAGUUCGUCCAAUCGAGGACCCAGAUCUCCGUCGGCCCGAUCCACCGCCCGCCGCUCAUCUCGAAGACUCAGCUAGGGUUCCUGAUCGCGUUCUUCCUCUGCUGGACGCCGUACUUCGUGAAGAAGGUCAUCGCAGGGGAGACCGUGUUUCACGAUUCAAAAGUCUGGUUGGCAGGUUCGGUUUUCAUUUACUUCUUCAGCGUUUCUGGUGCGAUGCAUAAUAUAAUUCGUAAGAUGCCCAUGUUCAUGAUCGAUCGGAAUGAUCCUAGCAAGCUGGUGUUCUUUUACCAAGGCUCUGGGAUGCAAUUGGGAGCUGAGGGGUUUGCUGUAGGGUUUCUGUAUACUGUUGUUGGGUUGUUGCUUGCCAUGAUGACUCAUGGGCUAGUGAAGGUGAAGAAUGUGACUGCUCAGAGGGUGAUUAUGAUCGCCUCCAUAUUGGUUUGCUUCUGGGCUGUGAGCAAGGUUGUGUAUUUGGAUAAUUGGAAGACUGGUUAUGGGAUUCAUACUUUCUGGCCCAGGAGCUGGAGCUGAUCAAGGUGAGGUGAUGUUGAUGGCAGCUGCAUUUCGUACUAAGCUCCGGCAUUUUUUGAGAUGUUGUUUGAAAAUGCGGAUAGUGGUGAGUGAUUUUCUUGCUUUAAAGAAGAGACUGGUAGAUAGUUUACUUUGAUGGUUUAGAAUGUACUACUAUUACUCUGCAUUGAAUUGAAUGGCUGCCUUCCGGGGUUCCUGAGAUUUCUAUGCUGUUCACAACUGGUUAAUGCUUAGUAUCGGUGAACAUUUACAUGUGGAUGAACAGCGACUACGUAGCUUUUUGGCUGGUAAUUUAGCUCCCACUUUUAUGGUUUUAAAAGUACUGUUACUCUGCCCUGAAUUGAAUGGCUGCUCGCCAGAUUUUUUAGGGUCUUAUCUCAUUUACGAAUUACGACUUACUAUGUUUAGUACGUAUUGAGAGUUUGCGUCAGGGUGGAAUUUUCGUAUGGGGAUUACUUAGUUUUUUGGCUUGUGAGUUUAGUUGGAAGCUUUGAUCAUCAGUACAGACUUGCUUCGUCACUGAAUAUGCUCCUACUGUUUACUUCGUGAUUGUUUGUAGAUAGAUGUGUGUUCUUCAAUGCUGUGAUUAUCCGCGCAAUGUGAAUGGGAGAGUUGUCGAGUGAAGGUUGCCGCACACUACUGUAGAGACUUCAGUGAUGGAAAUGGUAGCUAGUUGUCUGAAGUUAAUAUAGUUCUGGAACUUAAGAUCAUCAGAUUGGGCAGGCAUGUAUUCCUCAUGCGUGGGCAGGCAGGUGUGUGCUCUCUUCCUCAUCGGCUCUCUGUAGUCUCUAAUCGACAUGUAUUCUAUAAGUUCUCUAUUCGUUUAAAUUCAGUUUUGUAAUUGUAUGUUGAUUUCUUCUGAACUAUAUGUACCCUCGAGUUCGGCUUGGUAACCGGUUAUGUAGUUCUUUGCUUGAUGAACUUUACCUUCACCUGAAAAGUAAAGGAAAGUGUAGAACCAACUAUCUGGUUAACUUGGACAAGAAACCUGAUACUGGGUA